CGUGGUGUCCUGUUGUGCGAGACUUAUUACCCUGCACAGUACACGAAUGAUCAUCAGACUUGAGUCUGUUCGGCAGCGGCUGUUGGUGUUGUGUUAGCCAUAGCUAUCGUUAAAUAGCUAGUUACUAGUUAAUUAAUGUGAGCUUUUUGUCGUGUGUGUCAACUUUUAGUCCGUGGAGUUUGGUUCAGAGAACGUUUAACGACAGAAGACUUCUGGGUUGCGUAGAAAUGUAAUCAAUUAACCAAAGGAUAACCCUACACUAUGGAACGUAUACAACCGUUUUUGCGCGUGUUGAUGACAUAAGGGCAGUGGAGCCUCGGAUAUCAGUUCCGGUAUCUGCUUAUAGGAGUGAAAGGUGAAUGCUAUACUUGCUGCAUGGCUACAGUUCUGACAGAGGGACACUUCGGGACAGAGGGACUGUAGCAUCACACACAGUUCCAGGCUCCUGUUUUUCCAUUGUCCAACAUGGAGGAACAGGAAGAAGCUGCUUGCAAAGUUGGUGAGGCAUCUAGUCAGGGGGAAAGCGACCAGCCCACUGUUCAGAAUACAAUGCCGAUCAGGCCUGUCUCUCCAGAAACAGAACAGCCUGAUGAAGUGCCUUUCCUGACUCAAGAUGUCAUGUCUGAGACUGAGAAUGUAGACUGUAAGGGGUCUGAGGAAACUCCUGAAAACAUCCCAGACCACGAACAGGCAAGUUCCCCUCUCCCAGAUAUUAUGGGGCCCGAAGCCACCUCUGCAGAAGAUGAAAUUCUUCACAAGAACCCCAAGGAAGAACCUAUAAACUCUGACCUCGAGGACUUGGAUUCCUUCAAUCUGAUAGAGCCCCCUCCCCUGGACUGGAGGUCAGACUCCUCCAGUGAUGGUGCCUCAGUGGGAGGGAUAGACGAUAACAGCUUCCUGCAGCCAGACAUGAUGGACACUCCAGAAGACAGGCUGAGUGAACCAAGCCUAACUUUAGACCCCGGCACCACAGAGCCCAGGACAGACCUUGAUGUCCACCAGGGCACUGAGGAUGAAGCCGGGAACUACACUGAGGAGCAAGAAGGUGUUGAGAAGGAAGAGGAGGUGGAGGAGGUGGAGAAGGGAGAGGAGGAGGAGGAGGAAGAGCAGGAAAGCAGGCCGGGUGACGUAGACCACUCUCAGAUUCAGGCACUACUGGCUCAGCUUCAGCAUUUCAAAGGGAUGCCCCUCUCUGAACCCCCUGCCCACAACCUGUCCCACUCCUUCUCUGGCCCUCCAUUAGAGAGAGGUUCUCCUCCCCCUCUUGGGACUGAAACCAGCGUGCUGCAGCCAGCAACAGAGGAGCACAAGGGCCCCGGCCUCCUCUUCUCUGAGAGCAAUCAGAGGGAUCUGCUGGGGCUGCUGGAAGGCGAGAAGGUGGAGAUGCCACCACUGACGGCCUCCCCAGCCAGGUACGUCCAGCAGAGUGCGGGAGUGGAUGCAGUGGUCUCGGUUUCCUACAGCCAAGAAGAUGGGGAAAGAUUUUGGGAUCACUUUGCCAAUGGGCAGGCUGGUGACAGAGAGGACCCUGACUCCCCUGAUGAUGAGCUCAUGGAACCGAUUUGGCUGAAGACGGAAGGGGGGUGCCCUUCGGAGGAAGAGGCUGCAGCUGCGGAAAUCGGAGAUGCGGAGACUGAGACUCAACCAACAUAUAAAGAUGUGCCUGGUCCCUGUGACCCAGAAGACCUCCUGGAUGGAGUGAUCUUUGGGGCCAAAUACUUGGGUUCCACUCAGCUUACGUCGGAGAAGAACCCUUCCACCAACGUCCGCAUGGCCCAAGCUCAGGAAGCUGUGGACAGGAUCAAGGCCCCAGAAGGGGAGUCCCAGCCCAUGACAGAGGUUGACCUGUUCAUCUCUACUCAGCGCAUCAAAGUGCUGAGCGCAGACACACAGGAAGCAAUGAUGGACCACCCUCUGCAGAUGAUCUCCUAUAUUGCGGACAUUGGCACCAUCGUUGUCCUGAUGGCACGCAGGAAGCCCAUUGGCCGGAAGGGGGCGGAGGCAGCUCCGGGGUCCAAUCCCCCAGCCACUCAGAAGAAGUAUUGCAUGAUCUGCCAUGUGUUCUCCUCAGAGGAUGCGCAGGUUAUAGCUCAGGCAAUUGGGCAAGCGUUUGGAGUGGCCUAUCGGCAGUUCCUGCAAGUCAACGGGAUCAAGGCCACUGAACUGCGGCCCGGCGAGUACAGCGACUACCUGGGAACCCAGGAGCUGUACAAUGGAGACCUUGUGCACUUCUCCCGCUCUGAGAAUAUCAGAGAGGUGUGCAUCACCAAGGCCGCGGGGGAGAUCCUGGGCCUGGCCGUGGUGGAGUCGGGCUGGGGCUCCAUCCUGCCCACCGUGGUGGUGGCUAACCUGCUCCAUGGAGGCCCUGCCGAGCGCAGCGGGGAGCUCAGCAUCGGGGACCGUGUCAUGUCCGUCAACGGCGUCAGCCUGGUGGGCCUACCUAUCGCCACCUGCCAGGGCAUUAUACGGGAUCUGAAAAAUCAAUCUGAAGUGAAGCUCAGAAUUGUCCACUGUCCUCCUGUUACCAUGGCAAUAAUCAAACGACCAGACCCCAAAUAUCAGCUGGGUUUCAGUGUGGAGGAUGGCAUUAUAUGCAGUCUGAUGCGAGGGGGCAUUGCCGAGAGGGGCGGAAUUCGUGUGGGUCACCGCAUCAUCGAGAUCAACGGGCAAAGCGUGGUGGCCACGCCCCAAGAUAAAAUCAUCCACAUCCUGACCCACGCAGUGGGAGAGAUCCACUUGAAGACCAUGCCUGCAUCUACAUAUCGUUUGCUGACUGGGCAGGAACAGCCGGUUUUUCUCUGAGAAUGUUUGGGACAGAGGAUGGAUUUACCACUGCCUACAGGGGGGAAAUCAGGAAGCCAGGAUCGCAGUGUGAAUACUCAUCUCCCCAGUCAUUGCAUUGCUCAAGCCAGGCACUUGCAUACAGAGUCACAUAAACAUAAAGAUCACUGCAGUACAUUAGUACUGAGUAUUUUCUGCCAUCAUAUUAGAAAACACCAUAUCUGCACUAUCCGUGGUGUUGAAACUGUGGAUCCUUCACAUUAGAUGUAAUUUUAAAUAUGUUUUUAAAUGAAAGUGUAGUAGAGCGCGUGCGCACUCGGUCUCUGUCGAUCUGUACAGAGCGGUAGGAAGUUUGGCAUUCACUCAAAAGGCUAGUUCUCGCUGGCUGACAGGGUACAGCACGAGUACCUGCUGCGAUGUGUCUUCCAUCCUCACGCCAUGUUGUGCCUAAGCUUGUCUGUCCUUGGAGAGGACUCCCAUUUCAGAAUGCAGUGUCAGGUGCACUCAUUCCCAGCUGCCCACUGGUAGACUCCCUAAAGGCGGACCGCAUCGUUCAGUAACACAAACUAGCGAAUAAUUCCAUCUGCUUAGUUUGGCCUCAGCAUUAGCAUUGUCGCUGUCACAGGGACUGACACAGUGCUUACUCUAUGCAUUCACAAGCCGUGCAGCUUGCAUGCUAAACUCUGAAGCUCAAGUCUCAGUGCUUGUAAAAACACAGAGAGCGCCUUGAUCUCUGGGCUUGCAUAGAUUUCCUGUCAUAGCAAUAUAACAAGGUAUAUUUUUGAUAAAUCCUAAAUGCAGUAUUGGAUGUUUAUUAAAAAAGAUUUAUCUCAACUA